ACUAUUUUUUAUGAGUUGCCAUGUCGGCACCGGCUCGUUUGUAAUUACUAAUUAUUGUUUUGUACAUUUAAAGCGAUUCCGAAUUUCACCGAAAAUAAAAACACCCAAGUGCCAUUAACGCGUGUAUCGGUCUCUACGCGUUUCAAGGUCAAAGAAUCAUUAGGCGAAAUAAUUUCGAUUGGGUAAGCUUUGACGCCGAACGCCAUUAGCCGUAACCAGUAUGACGAGAAAUUGAGAAAUCCAGUGAUUUGGGAAACGGGCGAAUUCGCAAAUAGCACGACGAAAAACAUACAAAAAUAGACUUCUACGCACUUUUAUGAUGUGUUCUUGUGGUAAAGCCCAAUUAUUUUGUUUUGAUUUCUGUUAAUUGAUAUUUUACACGCUACGGCGGUGUGCUAAUCGCGUUCGGUAGUAUUCAAUGAGCGAACGAGAAGAAACGUUUAAGACUCGAUUAGCACCGUCGACGGCCAGUUGAUUUGGGUCGUUUUAAAAUGGACGAAUCGAUCACUGGCUCCCGUGAAAUUUUUAUGCGAUCCGUGUAGUCGACUAUUAUCGUGUUGACAUAUCACAAUAAAUGUUUUAUUCUAAUAAUGUCUGUCGGCUAAAAUAACAACGUCGUUAAUGCCAUUUCCUAAUUGACAUUUGCCGUGUAACAUAACCUUGAGAUCAGGGACUUUGCAACUGCUGCAAGUUAUUGUGCGCUCACUACGGAGCAGCACUAAUUAUUUCACAUGGUAAUCUAAAUAACCAUUAUAUAUUUAUAUAUAUUUUUUAGCCGUUUCCCAACUAGAUUUUUACUGGUUCGCUCGGUUUUAAGUGUGUGGCCAAGGUUUCAACUUGGCGCUGGAAUGUCGACCGUAGUUUUCAAUGGUAUUUUUAGCAAACGACAACUAGCAAUUACCAAAAUGUACAUAACAUCAUCGCGCGCGUUUCGGGCCAAAGUCGGCGGCGAUACGCACGUUUGUCAACGUGGAAUUUUGUUUUGAUCUCCUUUUGGGCUACACGGUGCGGGUCGUGAACGCCUCGUGCGAACUCCACGACGUUACUACGUUUGUAGUACUCGAGUUUAUUUUUACUACACAACAAACCUCUGGUGAAUAGCCGUGAGGUACGAAAUGAAGAAAACAUAUUUCCUAACCUCUUCUUAAAAUAUAACUCAAAAUUAUUAUUUAAGCGGCUUCGAUGUGAUGUUCGGCCGCUCGUUCCUUUAAUGUGCAAUUAAUUCGCAUUGAACUGCCCUAGGCGUGCGCAACAUUAGAGUUAUGCACACUGUCCGUGUUGUGAUUAACUUUCUGCGGUAAAUAGAAAACAUAUUUUUGUCUUUGUAGUAGUCGUUAAUAGCGAUUCGUUCGAAAAUAGCUAUUGCACAAUAUCGUUUUCUAAUUAAUGGAAUUUUAUUUUGCUCACCGAUCGUGUAAGGUCAGACAGUCGGAUUGAGAAAAAAACAACUAUGAAUUGUCAAAUUCAAAUUCUAAUCUGCGAUUUAAUAUUGAUUCCAGAUUAAUUCUCUUCAUAUAUUAAUACUCGUUUAUCAAUUUUAAAUUUGCCUCUUUGGAUAGUACGUAAUCAUCAGAUAGGCUGCCAUUGUCUAAUGAAGUCAGUAAAUUAAAUUAAAGAAAAAUAAUACCGAGUUAAUGAUUAAUAUUGUAAAACUGAUAAUCAUUUAAGUGGAGUAUUUAAUGGUUUCGUUCGUAUCAAUCUAGUCUUGAUUUUUAUGGGAUGAUAAACUGUGUAAUGUUCGUUACGUUUUGUUGUCAACUAUUGACAAUAACAACCGAUGACGAUUCGGUUAGAUAAAUCAUCGUAAUCGCCGUUACAUAAAAUUAUUUUUCGUUUAAAGUUUUCGCCUAAUUAACAGAGAAAAAACUCGUGUAGAAUUCAAAAAGGGUUUAUAGUUAUCCGGCUCGUAUACAUCAUAAAUGUCGUACAGCGAGACGAGAGACUUGGCAUACUGUACAUGUGUCGUAUGACUUAUCCAUACGAUUUAUAUUAUCCGAGUUUUUUAAUACUCAAAGUUCAAGUUUAUAUUUUGUCUGUUCGGUUAGUAUUUAUAAAUACGUCCGUAUGAACAGUUCUUACGAUCUAUAGAAAGUUCUUCUUUAUAGGUUUUCGGAUAUAAGUUUGUAGUGUUGGACAAAAAUUCUGUAAAACUCCGAGUCAUUUACAUUUUAAUUGCAAUGCGACGUAUCGAGUUGCGAUUAUCGACCUUAAAUGUAAUGGCCAGUGCUUAAGUGUAACGACGUUCAUGAGGAAUAGCGAUUUCAGCAAUAGGAAAGUCGUACACUGGCGGCCAAUUGCGUUUCGAAAAUGCAUAAUAACAUUAUUGCAGCGGCCGCCGCCCGUGAAACGCUGAGCGUGGGCGUGGACUGCACGAGGCGCGAAAAGUCAAAGAACUCGACGCGCGCCGCCGCCCGUGUUGUUUUUUCGCUUGGGCUUCUAAAAAUAGCGCACCGCCACCGACCCGGCCGCCAUCGUUUCGCGUUUGUGUGCGCCAGCGCGCCUCGUGUAUCUGUGUGUAUCGCACUGAUCGGCGCAUACACGUGGUGCGGCGGUUCCAGGCGCGCCCGCAAAGCGUGGGCCCCGCCGCCGCGAUGCCUCUGACCCCACAUGCGUGUAUGAUAUUUUGUUAUUGUUAUUUAUAAAGCGGCAACGGUGUCCCGUCCGCACAAUUUCCGCAUCUCCGCCGCGCAACCGACCCGAUAGUCGGUUUCCCGGUACGCCACGUUUAUUAUUCGACUAUUAUUAGUGCUUCGCCCGUCGCUUCCUCCCCCGCCGUCAACAAUUACACAUUUCGGCCGUUUAAUACACUACAACAAUAAUCCCAUCUCUUAGCGGUACUGCCGACUUUAUAGACACAGUUGUUUGCUUUUUUACCCAUUACUCGCCAACGAUCACAAAUAAUAAUCACACAUACGGCCGUUGUCGUCCGGAUGUCUGUUGGAAACUUGAAGCAAUUUCUGUUUUUUAACCGACAGCUCGAAUCAUUUUUUCGUUGUAGUUAUAACUAAAGAAUAUCAUCACUUCGCGUUGAUGUGUACUAUUCCUGAAAUCCGUAAUUACAAUGGAACCUUUGCACCGAGAUAAGUUAUCAAACUGUGUAACGAGAAAAAAUCCAACUUCACAAUUUCUCAAUGGACUACAAUAGUUAUGUGUCAGAAUUUGCUUUAAUUUUCUUCUGUUAUCUUUAAAUAGAAUUGUUGUUUGUUGAUUGUGCGGUAAAACUGCCGAGCUAAUGAUAAUUGCGAUUUCACAUGUAAUGGAUCAACUACUUUAUUUGGCCGCUAUACCAAAAUUGUUUUUUAGAUAAUAAUUUAAUUAUUUCCCAUUUGGUAUUUUUUAAGAGUUUUUCCACUGUUAUUUCUGUUAGUUAACAAAAUGUGCGUCGAAAUGUUAUUUUGUAUCAUUUAAUUGUUAGCAACCUAUGUUUUAGCUUCGACGACACGAGAUAAUGCAUUUGAUGUGUACUUUCAUUACUUUUUUGCUCGGAUAAGAACGCCGGUAUUAUGACGGUGUCAGUGUAAAAAACGGAGACUUAAACGAAACAACUUGGCGUAUCAAAAGCAGUCCUAAAAUCAUUAAUAUUACUUUAAUAGAAUACAUUUACCUAAUAAUCGAUUGUAAAAUGUGUUUACCUAAGAAUAUUUCCACUAGACCUUAUACAAACAACUUACUAUCUGUAUCAAAUCUGGACGAACGCGUAAAUAACAUUAAAUUCAGAAUCCGAAAUUGACAUAUUUAUCGCAAUUAUGAUGGAAUGGUCAUACUGUUUAUCAGUGUUAAUGUAAAUCUUGGACGGCUGGUAAAGAAAAUAGUAUUACCACGUCGACAAAAAUAAAUGCCAAGUAAAUCAGAAAAAAUAGCCACCGCCCGUAAACGAUCUGGCGGGUUGUGUGGCCGAGGCAGACAAAGCAGAAGGGUUGAAGAAAAUCUCACUAGCUCGUCCUUAUGGCCGUGCGUGGGUUGCUUAUAAACGACUAAAACGUGACCGCAGUAAAACUUGCGUUGGAUUUAAACUCGUUAAAUAAAAAAGAUCACGCGAUAUAUUAUUUCACUAAAGCCACGGAAGUGAUGUUCCACAGUCUUCGAGAAUAUCUAUUUGGACAACUGCGAUAGAAUAUCCCUAGAGACGAACGGCUGUCGCUGAAAUCGAUCGGUAUGGUAAAAGCGAACAGGUCUAUUUGCGGAACUCGAUGGUUCUGAACGUCGAAAGAGGAAACGUUAAUCGUGUGUCCGGUCUAAAUUCAGGGCGAUUGGCAAAUACAUUGCCGUCUAUCGCAACUUCCGAUAUAGUUUGGUCGGAAAUGCAAUGACUGGGCGUGCGGUGUAAUGAAAUGGUAGACACCGGUCACACUAAACGAUAGAUGCACUGCUGCGAAUCGGAUAUUCCGGGUUAUUUCGAUAGGGCCCACACACAGGAAUAAUACAAUAAUAAUAAUAAUAAUUUAAUAAUGGGCGACCGUAAGUGUAAUGAUUAUUGUUUCGAUAAUACAAUAGUACGAAAAACAGUUGGAUUGCAAUAAGUGGAGAUAACCCGCAAAAUAAAUUCUUUCCCUACCGAAAACCAGAUAACGUUAUCAUGGUCUGUUAAGUUAAUGUACGCGCUUAAUUAUAUUUUAGAAUGUUUUCAUAGCUAAAUAUAAUUUAGCCAUUUAUGAACAUCAGAUCCGAACAAUAACCACAGCAUUAAAUUGUGAAGAAAAUUACUGCGAAUUAGGUGCAAGUCAUGUUUUAUAGUAAUAUUAAUUUCAUGGACUGAAAAUUAAAUGUUUUCGAGGAGUUCGUGUUAAAAUUUAAUUAUUAAAUUUCGCACUACACGCAGUGUGGUCGGCCAAUAUUGUAUAGCAAAACUGAUUUGAAAAGUCUCCGGUACUCUACAAAUUACUUCAACUCUGAAAUUUAAACUCCUUGACAAUAGAAUAUGUAGAGAUUGUGUUGAACUCGAUAGGAUUACCAAUUGGGCAUUUGACUUGGAUCGUACUCGAUAAAAACUAUGUAAUUGUGUUUCAACGUACUACUUAUUUUUCGUCUCUUCGCCAGGGAAAAUAAAAAGAGCAAAUACUGGAAUGACAAUGAAAAAAUACACACAUACACAUAGAAAGCCAUAAAAAACAGGAUACUCAAACAUAAUAUAAUAAACACACACAUGCAUAUGCACAUGCGAGGACGUGCGUAAAACACAUAGCGCUAGUUAAAGAGACUUUAAUUUUUGGGAGUGGGAGUGCAUCGGCAGAGAGAGCGCGUGCACAAGUCGUACGGUGAAAGAAAGAGAUAACUCGACUCACGGUGUAUAUCCGUAUAAAUAAUAAUAAUAAUAAUAUCAGCUACGUAAGAGCCCAUUACUGAAUAUUAUGCGGACUUGGUAGAUGGCAAAGGGCGAGGUGGAGGGAGAAAAAAAGUGCGUGAGUGGUGCGUGUGUGUGUGUGUGUGUGCAGUGGCGGCCAACUCGUUAUUUUUUUUGGGAGAGAGUGAGAUGGCGACGCGACGGCCGCGGUGGGAGUGAAAGAGAGAGAGUACGCCGAUCGGAGUGCAGCAAAUUGGUAUACGCGGCGCGCGCGUCGAGCCGACCAACAGAGUGUUGUAGAGUUGCAUUAUUCGGGCGCACCCUGUCGCCGGCGUUACAACCACCACCGACCGUCGCCACCGUCGCAGCAACCGAACGCACACGCACGUCGCACACUCAACCGCACCGACGUCCCGACACAGUCGGCCCCGAGUCGAAAACGCGACACGAGUUGCGCGCUUAUUUUAUCAUCGUUCGACUUCUAUUAUUUAUUUAUUAUUUUUUAAUUAUUGUCGGUUUUUUUUUGGAAAUUUUCUUCUUGGAACUAUUACCUUUACGUCGUACGUUUUUUAUAUUAUUUAAAUUACGUUAUAUGCCGUCUGUGUGCACAGAACGGAAUUAAGAAAAAACUGUUGUGUUUUGUUUAUUUGUUGUUUUCUUUUUUCAACUAAAAAUUUUUUUUUUUUCGUGUCCCGGCGAAAUUCAUUCGGUGAUAGUACACAGACAACUGCACACAUCGUAAGAGAAAACAAUUUGUAUUCGUUCCGGUCAACCGGGAAAUGCAUCGUUCCGAACUAUUGCAUUGAGUUGGAUAUCAUCCCGUUGUGUGUGUGUGUUUACCCGUCAUGACUAACAAUCAUUUAAACGCGGUUGCCGGACAGGACCAACAGUACUGUCUGCGGUGGAACAACCACCAAACGAACUUGACCAAUGUUUUCGUACAGUUGUUUCAGUCUGAGGAGUUCACUGACACGACGCUCUUUUGCGAAGGCGGACCGCCAGUAAAAUGCCACAAAAUGGUGUUGGCUGCCUGUUCGUCUUACUUCCAAUCCGUAUUUGCCGAAGUACCCGGCAAGCAUUCCGCAGUAGUGCUGAAAGACGUUGGCCACGCUGAAAUGAAAGCCAUUCUUGACUACAUGUACAAAGGCGAGGUGAACAUCGCGCACGAUCAGCUCGCUGCCCUGCUCAAAGUUGCUGAAAUGCUCAAGGUCAAGGGACUGGUACAGGACAAUUCGUACCAUUCGCCAGCCGCCACAGCCGCCGUCGAUGAAGAUCGCAACAUAAUCAGCACCUCGUCGCCAAACCACGUGUCGCCCGACGGCAACACUAGUGCACCCAAAGAUUUAGCUAUCAACAUCAAUAACAACAACAAUGAGCACAACGGUUCCCCGCCACACAGCACAGGAAUCAAUCAUCAGUCUUCAUUCUACAACAAAAAUUACUACGGAAAGUCGCCACCGUCGCCACCUCUGUCGGAGCACAGAGCCGGAAGGAGCAACGUACCUAUGUGGCCUAUACCCGCACUGCAAAUGUCCUCGACGCCUGUCACCAACGCCAUGUUUGGCGGAACCUAUGACACUAUGGUAGCUGGAUAUCCUGGUAUGUCACCGUUGCGCCGCAAAAAGUUAUCCAGUAUGUUAAUGGGUCGUGACACUCCAAUACUCAGAACUGUUCUUGGCCAAGGCCAAGCUGAUUCUUCUCAGCAACUUCCUCCUGCAAUGUACAACUCUGAAGCUAUGGAACAUCAUAGACCACAGUCCAAUGGGUCGGAACAUAGCAGUCAGUUUUCAAAGAUCAAAAUGGAAGGAUCAGAACCUCAUUCGCCAUACCCUGCUGAUAUGUCAAUGAAUGAAGAUGAAGAAAUUAUGAGAGCUGGAAAAAUGAACAAUUCAACUUCACCUCAGUCAAUGUACGGUGAUUCAAAAGGUGGCAUAGUGACUCCAGGAAUUGCUACAUACGUCCCGUCUCAUAAACCUGAAUGGAAACGAUACAAGCAAUAUACCAGACAAGACAUUAUGUCUGCUAUAGAUGCUGUUCGAACAGGCAUGAGUGCUUUACAAGCUUCUAGAAAAUUUGGUGUACCUUCACGAACCCUUUAUGAUAAAGUGAAAAAGCUUGGAAUAACUACGAGUCGUCCCUUUCGCAGGUCUGGAGUGAAUAAUGGUAAUUUAGGUUUUCCUUAUGGACUGGGACCAGGCACUAGUGGUGUUAUGUUCCCAGGUCAGAUGUCUGGACCUGAAGAUGAAUCUGGUCAUUCUUCGGUUAUGGAACAUGCUACGGCUGGUUUCUUACAUCAUGCUCUUGGUUUAUCAGGAGUUUCCAUAAAAUCAUCUGAUCAUGAAACAUCAAACAAUGGACAUUCGCCUCGUUCUGAACGAAUGGAUGAUGCUGGUUCACCUUGCAGUCCAGAACUUAUCAAAUAUACUGGGCAUAGAGAGGAUACACGAUCACCAACACCUACAGACAAUGAUGAUCAAGCUCAGGAUUUAUCUGUGUCUCGUAAGUCAGAAUCUUCUAUACAAGCAACACCUACGUCAAGAGUUAUCAUGGCACCUAUUAGUCAAACACCAUCUGUGCCUAUGUUAGCUGCUGGUAAUGACGAUCGGGACUGAAUUUGUGGUUAAGCUCUUUAGGGAAGUAUGUGCAAUCCAAAUUCAAUUGUUGAAUUUUACUGAACCCCAAAUUAUAUCUAGGCAUUAUGAUGAUGUUGCCUAGCCCUUCUUUAGCUUUAGACUUAUUGUCCAAAACAAGCUUUGACUUAUAGAGAAAUACCAGGGUUACUUAGUGCACUAAUAUUAUUGUUUGUUUGUUAUGAAAAUUUUUUUAUGAUGAAACUGUUGUAAUA